UCGAACGGACUCGCACUUGCACGAAGUAACUAGGCUAAAGAGAGCUGAGUAAGACAUGUAAGACAUUCGUGAUUCUCUAGGCGUUGACUAGCUUUCAGUAGUUUGCAUCAACGAAUACUCCAGAGGACGUACGUGUACAGCAGCAAGACAAAAUGGCGUUACUUCUAUCUCUUCUGUUUUGUUGGUUGAUUGUCCCUGCACAUCAUAAGACUCUAGACGAGAGCGAUUACCCCAUCAUUGAAGCUGGUCCAAACGGAGAGCUCUACAUUAGCUCUCGUGGAAAUAUCACCAUCAAAGCCGGCGUUAAACAUGGUAAUGGCAGAUACACUGGAGGUUUGCGAUUACAAGGAAGUCCGCCGCUGCAAGCUUGGACCGAACUAAAGGGAGAGAAAGGUGACUCGGGUGUAGCGCCUUCACGUUUGGCACAGCUGGAGUCUGCGGUCGCAAAUCUUUCUUCUCAGCUUAUGAAGAUGUUGUCUCCCCCGCAGCCUACGUUGCUCGUCGAUCUGGACUUCAACAGCGGCUACGACAGUUUGGGACAAACGCAAAGCAAUCUGCUCUUUACAGGUUCCAAAGGGUUUCAGGUACUGUUCACAGAUGACCGCUCUAUUGGAGCUGACGGAAGUUCGGCUCAGGGUGUCCACAUCACUAACGCGAAAUAUGGGAACAGAAAAGCAGGCACUAAGGACUUCGUCUUAGGUGCUGCAAAUCGAUGGGUAUCACCUGGAGUAAAUUAUCACAGCAGUGGCAUUGUGGCUAAGUUUAGUCACGGAAUAACUAGUAUUACAUUAGAUUGUACAGACGACGACGGCACGUUGAAAAGACUAUACGCCUUCGAUCAAAAUAGAAAGCUAAUUGGCAGGUCUCCGGCAUCGUCCCAGACACGUUUCAAUAUAAACGUGACGCAGACAAACGGUCAACUGAUCUAUCAAACAGAAUUUGACACUCAAGCUGGGACCAAGGGUGGGGCCUCUGACGGUACUUACUUUACCCUCGACAAUUUUCAAGUGAAGGGGGUCAUAUCAGAGGAAACCAAAGCAAGUGACCUUGCGAUAGAAAUACUUUCACAACUUCUCAACCCACAGCAACUUCAAAUAGUAGAUCUGGACUUAACACGCGGCAGAGACAAAUUAAAUCAAAGCAACGGUAAUCUACUCUUCAGUGGCUCAGACGGCUUUCACAUGCUCGUCACCGACGACGGUGCCUUUACGGGUAACUCGAACGGUGUUCAAGUGACACAAGAUCGUGCGCGUUAUCGUAUUGACUCGAGUGACCGAGGAAUAGUAGCGUAUUUUAACUACGGCCUGAUGGAAAUUACAGUUCAAGCCAACUCGUCCGUCUCCGGACAAAAGCUGUUUGUCUACGAUCUGGAAGGACAGAUGAUCGUUGCAAAACAGCCAAACAGUGAUCUGGAAUUUGUGAUCAAGAGGGUAGAUACGAACAGUCGACUGAUCUACGGGUUUGAGCUUGACACGACGGCUGGACAGAAAGGAGGUGCACCCAAAGGAGUUCCGUUCUCUGUUUCAAAGGUGACAGGGCGGGGAUCUCUAGGUGUGCAAAAUAUAAAACGCGAUGUAGAAUUCCUAGCUUUCUCUAAAUUUUCUACAAAUUCAAACAAAGCCUCUUCAUCGCCUUCAACCCAAACUCAACUAAUCAAGUUGAAUUUCAACUGCGGCGUCGAUUCCAUUGGGAAGUCAUCCGGGGAUCUGUACUUUCAAGGAUACAACGGAUUCCAGUUGAUUCUCACCGACGACGACUCGGACGGCACAUACGGAGGGCAAGCUGACGGCGUCCACAUCACAAACAAAAAGUAUGGCAACGAUAAGGCCAACACAGCCGACAUGGUCGUGGGAGCGAACAACAAUUGGGCGGCCAGAGGAAUGACAAACUACCACAGCAGUGGGAUUGUGGUUUCGUUUAGUCAUGGAGUAAAUAACGUCAGCCUAGUCUGCACCGACGACGACUCCACGACAAAAACCCUUUAUGCGUUUGAUGAAAACGGAAAGGAAAUUGGUAAGACAGCUAGUGGCUCACAACAACCAUUCUCUAUCACCACUUCCAUGACAAACGGUCAACUAAUGUACGCCGUCGAGUUCGACACACUUGCCGGACAGAAAGGAGGCUCCUUGGACGGAACAUAUUUUACUCUAGACGACAUCGAAGUCUACGGAACGGUAUCGCAAGCAACAGCCCGCAAGUCGCUCGUUAACGGCUUGUUCAGCCUCGUCGGAUCGAUGCCACGUCAACUGAUCUAUCUUUCCUUCAACAACAAGAAGGACAGUUUUGGUCGUGAGCAAGGGGACCUCGUAUUCAAGGGCGAAGCCGACUUCCGCGUGGUAUUCACCGACGACGACUCCUCCGGCAGCAGCGGCGGAAACGCUGAUGGCGUUCACAUUACGAAUCAAAACUACGGAAACAACAAAGUCGGGAGCACGUCCGAUUUCGUCCUCGGAACGUACAACAGCCGACCGAGCUCCAACGUUAACUAUCACAGUUCCGGUGUAGUCGCCAGGUUUAGUCACGGUGUGACCAAGGUCGGUCUGCUCUGCACCGACGACGACCUAACAAAGAAGACGCUUUUUGCGUUCGACGAGGCAGGCAAUCAGAUUGGAAAGACUGCGGCAGGAUCGCAGAUUCCGUUCAGCAUCGACACUAGUCAGACUGCAGGAAAACUCAUUUACUCCGUCGAAUUCGAUACGUUGGCGGGAACGGCGGGCGGAUCCAACGACGGCACGGUCUUUACCAUCGACAACUUCUAUGUCGACGGACCGGUUCCAUGCGCCGGCACGCAAGUCCGACGCAGAAGAGUCGCUCUGAGAUCCGAUUUUAUUCUCACCGAUCACCGACAACUUAUCUUACUCGAUUUCAACAGUGGAGUUGAUCACAUGGGACGCUCUCAGGGAGAUCUCAUCUUUAUUGGAGCUGACGGAUUUCAAAUUCUCUUCACGGACGACGAUUCAGCCGGGACGACCGGAGGAAACGCUGCUGGCACACACAUUUCGAACCAGAACUACGGAAAUGACAAAUACGGGAGUGAUGACCUUGUGUUAGGCGCAUAUAAUUCGUAUAAAGGAGGCAACAAUUAUCACACCAGUGGCAUCGUAGCUCGUUUCAGCCACGGUGUACAACGUGUAUCACUGGAGUGCACUGAUGACGACUCGACGACUAAGAGCGUUUUCGCCUUUGACGAAGACGGUUCUCAGAUCGGAAAGACGGCGGCAAGUUCUCGUGUACCGUUCGUUAUCGAUACGACCAUGACGAAUGGGAAAUUGAUCUAUAGUGUCGAGUUUGAUACGCAGGCGGGUACGAGUGGAGGGUCUUACGAUGGAACGUACUUCACGAUUGACAACGUCAAAGUGGAAGGGGUGGUUAGCCCCGAAACCAUUCGCAGGCAUUUUUAGAUAGAUGCAGUUGCCAACUUUACAUGACAAUUAUUAUAGUUUGCUUUUCGUAGCUAUUUCCAUCACAUUUAGCUAGAAUGCUGCCGCAUAGAUCACAAGUAUUACCCUCUCUGUCAUUAUCCAGACUAUUGUCACUGUAUUAGCAAUCAACGUAGCGCCAUGAAUACUAUAUAUCACUAAA